AUGCAGAAAUCUUUGAAAUUAAAUCAUCGUAGGGCUACUUUGCCUAUAGUAUCACAGCCAUAUUCCAUUCCAGUUAGUAAUAAUUAUCGAGUUAUUCCUACUUUAUCGACAAAUCAGAUGACAACAUCGAAUAAUAAUAAUAAUAAUAAUAAUAAUAAUAACACUGAUUCCUCACAACUUAUUAUUCCAUCAUCAAUAAAUCAACAAGAACAACAGGAUGUAUCUGAUAGUUCAUCAUUGAAAACAUUUCACUCACCUCAAAUGACCACUGCUGUCAGUCCAGUCAAUAAUUGUCAUACAGAAUAUGAUCAAACAGUAAAACCUAUAUCAGUACCAUCAACGAAGACAUUACGAAUUCGUCAAGAUCAAAAUGUAUUAAAACGUAAAUCAAAAUCAACAGUAAUUAUUCAUGUAAUUGAUGGUUGGAAAAUACACGAGAGUUUAGAACCAUUUCAACAACAAGAAAAUAACUCAUCAUCAUCGAAAAAACAAGAACAACACGUCAAUUAUGGAAACCCAAAUAUUCAUCAAUGGAAUAUCAAUGAAGUUUGUUCAUUUUUCGAACAUGUACUUGGUAAAAAUUGUUAUACACCAAUAAUCAAAGAACAUCUUAUUGAUGGAACAGCUCUUCUCCUUCUACAAGAAGAACAUUUACGUAAUACAUUUAAAAUGCCAGUCGAAAAUCGACUUAAAUUACUCAAUAGAAUUAAUGAAUUAAAACAUGGUGAUCUGUCUCUAUUGUGA